AUGAAAGCCUAUGAUUGGUAUGGUUGGGCGUGGGGUCUUGAGCUUCUUAUCACAAGACGCCCUUCGAUCGGCCGGCUGCAGUACGAGACAGAGGAGUCCUUCUUGGUCAACUAUACGGUGGCUGCCACCCGAAGCCCAGGAGGCUGGAGCUUAUCGAAAGAAGCUCGUUAUCUUUUGUGUGAUGGUCACGAGGAGCUCCUCGGAUUCCUUCUUAUUCAUUCCGUUCCCAUCCUUCUCCCCUUACUGUUCGCCAGUAUCCUGUUGAUUCCAGGGAACAUGGUCUUGUCCAACCCGUUCAGGCGUGCAUCUCCAGAUGGCAACUAUGUGCGGACGGCAGACGAGCGGGCGCUCGUCCGCCGCCUGGACACGUUUCUGUUGACCUUUGGCUGUCUAUCUCAAGUGAUCAAAUAUCUAGACCAGCAAAACAUUAACAAUGCUUAUGUUUCCGGCAUGAAGGAAGAUCUCAACCUACAGGGCAAUGAACUAAAUCUAUUUACAACUUAUUUCAAUGCCGCCUACUGUGUGAUGCUGAUCCCAUCGCAAGUCAUUUUAACCUAUGUUCGGCCGAGCUUCUGGUUACCGGGAUUAGAAAUUCUGUGGGGAAUGCUCACCGGCCUAAUCGCCAUGACAAGUCAUGCCAAGCAGGUCUACGUAUUGCGAGUCUUUCUAGGCCUUUGCGAAAGCAGUGCCUGGCCCGGCAUGAUGACGUUGUUCAUGUACUGGUAUACCCCAACCGAGCUGGCCAAGCGGAUGGGUUUCUACCAUUCCUGUCAAGCCGUAGGCCAGAUGAUGUCAGGAGCUUUGCAGGCAGCCAUUUCAGAUACGCUGGAUGGCCACGGAGGCCUGGCUGGCUGGCGAUGGCUGUUCGUCAUAAAUGCGAUUAUCACAGUCGUUUGGGGAUUUGCGGGCUUCUUUAUGAUUCCUGACUUACCCAAUCGUCCCAAUCCCCGUGCCUUUUGGUUCAAGAAGGUGCAUGCUGAACUUUCCAUGGAGCGACUCGCGCGAAACGGUCGUGCCGAGCCGAAGAAGAUGUCAUGGGCGGGAGUUAAACGCACAUUCUCUGGCUGGGUGGUCUAUUUCAUUGCGGUCUUAUAUAUUGCAACCGUCCUCGGGACAUAUGGUUAUGUUUACUUCUCGCUGUUCCUGAAAUCCCUCAAGCGCCCCGACGGAAGCGCGCGCUGGUCAGUCUCAGAAGUGAAUGCGAUUCCGAUCGGAGGAUCCGCCAUCAAUGUUGUGUUUGUGUGGAUUUGGGCGCUGCUUUCUGAUUUCCUGCGUACGCGUUGGACAUUAAUUGUUGCUCAAGGGGUUAUCGGCAUCAUCCCUUGCAUCAUCAUGAGUAUUUGGACGUCCCAUCCGUCUACCGUCCCACUAUCAGGCGCGUAUGCGUCGUAUUUCAUUUCAUACAUAUGUCUUGGUACUGCGCCACUUAUCUUUGCAUGGCUCUCGGAUUUGAUUCCCCAAGACCCAGAAGCUCGCUCACUGGUCGUCGGAGUCUCUGUGGCAGGCUACUACGCUAUCUCAGCUUGGUCACAAGUGCUGGUAUGGCCAACUUCCCAGGCACCGUACUACCGAUACGGCUGGCAAUCAGCGCUGGCGCUAUUGGUUCUGGUCAUUAUCAUGACUUGCCUUUUGCGCUAUAUCGAUGUGCGGUAUCUGUUACCAAAACGCGAGGCGUUCCAGGAGACCUUGGAAGGGGAAGAAGUCGGUGGGAAAGAUACAAACGAUUCGGAUUUUGCUGAGAGCAGCAGUAGUCCCGGGCAGAGGCCUCAAAUUGAUCGGAAAAGCCCUCAGAAAACCGCUGUGAACGAUAUUUCGACCGAUGUUUGA